UGGUCCUCGAUGCUCACCCGCCACUAGAUUACUAUCUCCAGUCGGUCUCGGUCAUCGAUCAUGCCCGCAUGGGCACCCGUCGACCCGUACCGCAUCGCAUCGCGUGAGCCAUGGGCCAACAGAAAACCUCCCUUUGGUGUCGCUGUCGCUGUCAUUAUCCCAUAGAAGUCAUCCGUAGCCACUCGUUAGCUGUGUAGUCGGAGAGAAUCCUACAUCUUGAUGCCUUGCAAUAGCUUAAUUAUUCUUCAUGCCUCGAUGGUUCGCACGGUGCUGCCUUGAUAGUUUGACAUAAUGAGCACCCACCGUGUGGAUUCUGCUUCUUCUUCCCGUAGUAUCUAGCCUGGUGCCUCAUACUCCAUCCCGUUCCAUUCUGUUCCCUUCUCGGUAUCGUCGUCGCAAAAAGUGGCUUGACCCCAACAAGUGGCACAGCAGACCCCCAACCGCCAUAGACGCCAGCCCUUUGUCCUGGUUCUUGCCCGUUAUCACACUCACACCCCGUCCUUCAAAGGCACCAGCCACACCUCCUACGACUCUCCACACUUCCUACACUUCCUACAGCCCUCCAGUAUAUAUAUAUUCAACCCGGCCACUCAUGUCCAUACAUUUACUCUCACCGCAUAUCACGGACCAUUACACAUACAGAUUGUUCACAUUAUCACCUCUCACCCGGCCACAGACCUACCCAGAACCCACUACAAAUUCAGAAACUUGCCAUCUUUUCUCCACCUAUGUCGUCUAUAUGUUUCUCAAAGCAAGCUUAAGGACAGGAGCUCGAUCACUGGGAUUUGGUGACUGAGACACGAUAUCACAUCUCACAAAAAGACAGCAAAAGUCAGCAACACACUUCACCAGCAACACACAAACCCACGCGCAUUUCACAGUUCCAGGAUGUGCGUCACAGAGAUCUUUGUUGAUUCCUAUCCUGACGGCGCAGAAGUGGAGUUUCACCGGGUGAAGCUCUGCCAGCAUGGGUAUCCAGAAGAUCCAUGUGACCUGCACGUCGUGAAGGAGCAACCCAUCCGAUUCAUACAGUACGGCGAGCCGACCUCCGAGUUUAUCAUAUCCCAGAUCAGGAGCCCACCGCGCUCGUCUGCGCCCCCGAACAUGGUCGAAGUCAUCGAGGAGGUAACAACGCCCAGAGCCAAACAGAAGAGGAGGCCCCUGUCCAACCUGGUCAUGGGAGCCUUGUUUCCCAGCACGACGAGGAGAAGGAGAAGGAGCUCCAGAUCCAAGUCAAGGGAGCGGGUGGUCAUCAUUAACGCACCGCCUUCGCCGACCCGACCUCGCACACCUCCACCAACCGCAUCGCCCAUAUACUACGACCCGAGAGUCUUCAUGCCACCCAUGUCGCCACGGUAUGAGAGCAACGAAGAGGCUUAUAUCGUUGAAGUAUCACCAUCCCGGGGCCGCCAGAGGCCAAUCAUCCACGAAACAUCACGUCGUCCACGUUCGGCAUCGAUAGAAUUCCGAUACACCUCCCCCAGUCGACAACGUUCUCCCUCCCAGCGCCGAAAAGACGAACGGCGACGCCGGCAGCGCCAGGAAGAGCGUGAGCGCCAAGAGCUGCGGGAGUUGCGGGACCGACGGGAGGCAAGGCUGGUGGCGGAAAUUAAGGAAGAACGUGAACGCCGGCUCCGCGAGGAGUUCUUGAUGCUCCAAGACGCCGAGAUCAAUGCCCGCCCAGUCCGCCUCCCAAGUCCAGCACCCAGACUACGGUCGAUCCUGAGGCCUGUCGUUGAUCAAAGUCGGAGGUGGACAAAUGUCAUCGAUGACUUGGGCUUAAGCAUUCGAGGCGAACGGGUGAUUGCCGAGGCGAUAGCCGAUCGAGAAAGAGCUGAAUCGCGUGAGAGGCUGCUCAGGGAAAGGCUUGAGGCGGAAGAGGCAGAGGAGGCGCAGAAAGAGAGGUUGAAGAGGCGGUUCACAGUGAGCGAGGGCUCUGGGCCAAGAGGCAGAAGGCAUCGUGUUGUAUAUGAUGAUGGAACCUAUAGAUGGGCGGACUGAAGGGAUUUGGGCCAAGAGGCAGAAGGGAUCGUGUUGUAUAUGACGGUGGAACCUAUAGAUGGGGCGGAUUGACUGUAUUAUUAGAACUGGGAAAAUCAUAUAGACUUCAGAAUUGGAAAUACUCAC